AUGCAAUACGCCGGCGCUGCUUACGCUCCGAUUGAAACAGCCCGAAACUCGUCACAUGAUGAAGUUUUGCUUAAAUCGAUACCUCAAGCAACAAAUGAGAUUACCGAGCCGCCGAGCCGCCCAACGCGCAAGCUUGGCCACUUUCAAUACUGGCUACCAGGCAUUCAAAUUUCACUUACAGUCUUUCCGAUUUUAUUUAUUGCCCUUGCUGCAACUGCGAUUACUUUGGACAAACAGCCAAUUUCUCGUACUGGCGACACAGCUCAGUAUGCGAUCGCACUAGCGCCUACGAUCUUCCCAAUUGUCUUUGCUGCAAUAGUAGGCAAGUUCUUUAGAGUCUUGGGUCUAUAUCUGGCCGAGAGAGGGACCAAACUCGGAACCCUGGAGCGGUUGAUAGGAUCUCAUUCACUCUUUGCCGUGGUUGAGAAACAGCUUGUCCUACCCGGCCAAUAUCUUCUUGGACUUGGCAUGAUACUUCUUUGGGCGCUUUCCCCAGUCGGUGGCCAAUUGGCUCUGCGACUUUUGCAGACCUCUCCGCGAGUGACGUCGGACAACUCUACGAUCCGAUACCUGCCAAUAAGCGCAUGUCUAGAGACACCAAUGGAAGGCGGACCCAGCGCCAACAAUGCAUGGCCAUUAUAUGGACCACUAUUCAUGAGUUCCCUUAUCGCGUCGCGUUCACUGGAAAAUCCAAAGCAAGACAUGUACGGAAACGUCAGAGUACCGCAACUUGAUCGGCUCAUGACAGGAGAUACUGUUGACAACGAUACGUGGGUAGUCGUGAACAGCACCGAGGAAACGCCCUGGUCUUCUCUACUUGGGGUUCCUGUUGCAGGCGUCCCCAAAACAGGUAACCUAUCCUUUAAUCUCGUCAGUAGGUAUUAUGCCAUUGAUUGCGAUGCCGCUGUCCACGUCGAAAACAGCACCAUAUUUAGCAAUACUUCGUCUGGUUUAGGCGCCGGCUACUACAUGUGGGAUGCUAGCAGUACGUUUGCUGUCCAGUCACCAGCAGGCAGCGAGCUUCUGCAACUAUGGAAUGGCACCCGUUUCAUAUUCAAUAUCACUUCGGCAAACGACUACACGGGCUCCGACGUCAGCUUUACGACUUGUUCACUAUCUCCUCGAGAUGUCGAUUCAUCUGUCCUCUGCAACGAUGGAUCAUGUCAAGUUACCGCCAUGAGAAACAUGACAGUGGAUCUCCCUCUGUGGUGGAGUCAAUAUUUUUCGCCCUUUCUAAUCAGUCUGCACGACUUGCCCUUGGUGACGAUUGGCGCCAUGCAUCAAGGUUCCAAGAUAUCCAGCACCUUGACUGAGAUGUGGAUACAAGAUCCCCACGCUGUUUACGACCCCGAGAAGGACCAGAAAUUUGCAAACUUUUCAAUGCUUUCCAAAGAAACCAUCAGUCAAAACAUGGAAAUAUUAUUCAAUACAUACUGGCAAUCGAUAUGUGGUUCUAGGUAUCUCUUUGGAGGCCUCAGCACAAACAUGAGCCUGUACGACAAUAUUUUCAGCUACUAUGAGGGUUCGGUAGUUGUUGAUUUCAACACCAGCCAAGUCACAAUCACCACACCCGACGGCGACGAAUACAGCUGCAACAUGACUUUUGCAACACUGCUGAUUAUUAUAUCGUGCAUUCUGCUUUUGGUCAGCUUGGCAUCGUUUACUUUGGGAACCAUGACUCUCGCACCAGACAUACUUGGUUAUAUAUCUUCGCUCACAAGAGACAAUCCAUUUAUCCCUGGUAACGAGGCCUCGCACCAGCAUGGAUUGGAGCGGGCAAAGGCAUUAAACAAUAUGAAAGUCAUUGUUGGAGAUGUUGAUGCUGGAGCCCAGUCAGGUUAUAUAGCAUUUACCAAGAAAACCGCCAACAUGCAAAGACUGCGGAGGGAAAGAUUUUAUCGAUAA